CUUCCAUUUUCGUUACUUUUCAAAUUCCUUCAACUCUUCUUCUAAAACCCUAGUCUCUCUCUCUCUCUCUGCAUCGAGUUGCUUGAUUUUUCUUCUUCAGAUCUUGGUCACUGCAAUCGAUCAAUCAUGGCGGACCACUCUGACAACGUGGAGUCGAAAUCGGAGUCAUUGAUCGACAAGAUAGUCGAGAAGAUUCAUGAUCAUGAUUCUUCUUCGUCCGGAUCAGACUCUGAAACCGAGGGAUCCUUGAAGGAGAAGGUCUUCCGCCUUUUUGGAAGGGAGAGGCCAGUUCAUCAUGUCUUCGGCGGUGGAAAACCUGCUGAUUUAUUGUUGUGGAGGAAUAAGAAGAUCUCAGCUGGUGUCCUUACUGGAGCCACUGUUAUCUGGGUUUUCUUUGAACUGCUCGAGUGCCAUCUGCUUACAUUUGUUUCUCGUUCUCUGAUCCUCUCUCUUGGGCUCUUGUUUCUUUGGUCCAAUGCCCACACAUUUAUCUACAAGAGUCCACCCCGAAUCCCAGAAGUUCAACUUCCUGCGGACCCCUUCCUGGAGUUUGCUUCAACUUUGAGGGCGGAAAUUAAUUGUGGUUUUGCAUUAUUGCGGGACAUUGCAACUGGAAGAGAUUUGAAGAAAUUCAUCACUGCAAUCGCUGGCUUGUGGGUCCUGUCGAUCGUGGGAAGCUGGUGCAAUUUCUUGACGCUGUUCUACAUAAACUUUGUUUUGUUGCACACUGUUCCUGUUCUGUAUGAGAAGUACGAAGAUAAGAUCGACCCAUUAGCGGAAAAAGCAUUAAUUGAGUUCAAAAAGCACUACGCCGUGUUUGAAGAAAAGGUUUUGAGCAAGAUCCCAAAAGGGCCAUUGAAAGGUAAGAAGGCUUAAACUGGGUCUGGUUGGGUGUCUUCUUCCCUCACAAAAAAGCGGUAACCACAUGCUUAUUGAUCUCUUUCUCGUUGUCUUUUGGCUGCACUCAUCCAUCAUAGUAUAGUUGUUGUUCAAUCACAAGGGUGGUUUUCGCAAUUUAGUGGGUUUGUUCUACAAAUGUUGAAUUUGUAAGUUAUGUUAUAAGUUAUAUGGGAACUUUCAUGAGGGGAAGUACUUUUGUUUGUGGUUAGCUUAGCUAAUUUUAUAUACUUUUUUUUUCUCUCUUU